ACUUAACUGAGCUGAAACGUGAUGUCAUGCGUCUCAAAAUGCGUGUAGGUAUCUGUGUUCGGUCUGUUGAGUAACAGCCUUGAAUAUAGGGAGAUCUACGUAAUUACAUUCCUUCAAUGAUAACAAAACCCACUUGGAAUUGGCAAGAGAUGAAAACCCACAGCCUCAUAUAUGGAGUUUUGCUGGAGUAAAGCGUUCGCUGACAGUGUGCUGGGCUAACCCGGCGUGAUUCAGUGCUGGAGAGGCGCUCCCAGCUGGAGCGGAGAGUUAGGAAUCCCUCGCUCUUGACCUUCGGGAGCAGCGGCAUCAGCCCCUCGGAGCACAAAAGCAGGAAAAUCCCAGGAUUUCUCUGCUCACGCAUGGUUUCCUUAUGCUCUGUCUGUGUGGAGCCAGGCUGUCUGGGGUCUCCCUGCACAUUGAGGUCAGCCCAUGUGCCAUGCGACACGGGAGGGGUGAGGGUUUUCGGCCGCCGCAUGAGUACAUCGUCACCCGGCGAUGGCCUCGCAGCCCACGCCAGCAUGGGUGCUGCUGCUCAGCCUGCUGGCCGGCUGCCUGCCAGCCGUGCAGCCCAAGGACUUCACCGUGAAGGACAUCGUCUACCUCCACCCUUCCACGACGCCGUAUCCUCGUGGAUUUAAAUGUUUCACCUGUGAAAAGGCAGCAGAUAAUUACGAAUGCAACCGAUGGGCUCCGGAUGUCUAUUGUCCAAGAGGUACACGAUACUGCUUUAGUCAACACAUGAUGAAAGCCACUGGCGAGAGCGUCUCCGUCACCAAACGCUGUGUACCAUUAGAGGACUGCCUGUCUACGGGGUGCACAUAUGUAAAGCAUGAAGAAUACAAGAUCUGCACCUCGUGCUGCGAAGGAAGCAUCUGCAACUUGCCCUUACCGCGGAACACAACAGACGCCGUAUUUACAACCCUCUCCCCCCUCAACAAAACACAGAGACUUUCCCAUCCGGCUCUGCUGACCACGGCGUGUCUCUGGCUGGGGUUGAUAUCACAGCACUGGGUCACGCUGCCGCACGCCGCGGGGCCGGCCAGCUGAGCCGGGACAGAACAUCUGCAUGAACAUUCAACUUCUCCCUACGGAGCCUGCGCUUUGGAGUUGUCUUUGAAAUACUGCUUUUCCUCCUUAUUUUUCAUUAAUGAUGAACUAGUGAGCCUGGGAUAUAGAAGGGGUAAAAACCCAGAGUUUCUAUACUGUUUUCUGAAGACAAAUGUCCCUCAAAUCCAUGGCUGAGACCAGUGCGAAUUCUUUUCUUAUGUCUUUCCUCGAUGAAGAAGUGUUAUUUAAACGUACUGUACCACUGCCAGCUGCUACUGUCAUCACUUACUCAUUUGGAACUUGUUAUACUUUGUCACAGCACUAACUCCAGUGUCUCCUUAACCUGAGAACAUAAGGCAAAUAACACAGAGUCAGAAUAGCUUUGCAGUCUCCCCACAUCUCCUCCUCUUGGAGAGGGCAGGAGUUUGUAGCGAGGCAGGGAGGGAUGAGGUCAAAGGAGCGGCAGCAGCUUGGAUCGACCCAGCAUCUCACACAGGUGCUUCCUCCGAAGUCGUCCGCCAGCAGCACGAAGCACCACUCCCAACAAAACGCACUGAAAAAUCACUUUGGUUUAGAAACCAACCCAGAAAAACUCUAAAAACCCUUUCGUUGGAGUAUAAUUAGAGCGGGAGGUGGGGGGCGUGUGGUCCUUGUCCCAUUCUCUCGAGGAGGAAGGCAUAUGGAGAGCUCAUGGGUGUCCAGGUUUGGUCAAUGCCAGAUUUUGGGACUCUGUGUGUUUUCAUCUCUUGACACUCAGUCCUAAAGCCUGAGAAAAAGUUGAUCCUGAACACCUUCUGUUAUUUUAUUUAAUUCACUCCCACGAUGGACUAUUACCAGCUACGACUGAAUUUUGGUGACUGGCGUUGCUUGUUUUGCUCAAAAAUCAUGUAUGCAAUAUUUAUUUUUGUAUGUUGAGUAGGAUCUAAAGAGUUUAAAAGAGUCUUAAUACUGAUAUUGCCUGGGAAAACGGUUGUUUUGCAAGCACGUAAGCCUGUAAUAUAUAAAUUAUCAUUAAAUAUAUAUAUAUAUGUUUUGCAUCACAACUGAAAAAGAAUCAGCUUUGUUUUACAGGGUCAGGAAUAAAAGCAGGGUGUCCAAGACUUGUUUUAAAGCUAAACCAAACAUUUUUAUACUUAAUUCUUUGGGGGUUUGGGUUUUUUUUUGUAAAAACCCACUAUAGUCAUAAAUUCUUUUCGAGGUAAUUGUUGGCUAGUCCUGCUCCAAGGUAACUUGUGCUUUAUCAAGUUACGCUAUGCUUACGCUCUGAAAAAGGGAGAUGAAGGAAACCAAUGCUGGAAUCCAAAUGCUUUGUGAAUACCUUCAGUGCUGUGAAAGGGAGCGGCAAGCCCUCAUCGCGCAGCAUCGGUGUGGGACACCUCUGACAGCUGGUGUGAGCGUGCAAGGUGCUGUCUUGAGUUUUGUGGCCUUUGGAGUGAACUCUGUUUGCACUGUGAGGCAAAGGAGGAGGAGAAGUAAGAGCAGCGCUCCAGGUUUGGUUUCUUCUCUGGGGAAGGAAAGCAUCCUGGAAGCCUCGGUGUGUUUUGCCAAGUGACGUUUCUGAAAAUGCUUAUAUAAUUCCCUGUGAAAAUUGAACUGCAGACACUGUUUCUUUCCUUACUUUUCACUUUUAAUAUAAACUAACUUUUCUGAGCAAAGACUGACCUCACUCACUGACAAAUCUUGCGCUGGGAUGUCCCUUCAGCUCUCCUGUGACUUGCUCGCAGAUCCCCAGCAUUAAGAGGGGAGCUGCAAUCUGCUAUUUUAUGCAAGUUGGACUUAUCAUCUCUACAGACCCUGAAAAAAAAUCCAUGCUGCAGUCUUUAUGGAGCAUGUC